GGCUAAAUAAUUUCGCGACCACGACUUCACUUAGUCUCCCACGCUUUCCGUACCCGACGUAGUAACACGGAAGCUAUAUUGCACAUUAUACAAGCUCAUCCACCGGAAGACUUGAGUGUGUUCCUGAUGAACCUAAGGCGGGAUAAUCAUUGCCAGAAUAAAUACCACCUACCUCCAGCACUUUGGUAAUGUAACUUGACAUCCCUGUCUUCUAGCUGUCGAAUCUCUUCCAACAUCGUGCCCGUAUCUAUUAUCAAAAGUGCUUUCUAGCAAAGGGUCAUUUACAUAUCUUAAAGGCAGCAUUAUUCAUGAUGCUAUUCCAACCCUUUGCAGUUGCGCUCCUUACCGCAGUCACCUCGGCCAGUCCCGUAGCUCCGCGGCAGUCAUCGGGACCUGGCACGACACUACAGUCGGGAUGGUACUGGGUUCGCGCGGUGGCCUCACCCAAUUUUCACAAAUACCUCCAGACAAAGCCAGGUAAUGCGCCAGGCACGGCCAUACUAGAGAGCUACAAGACGGCGGGGCAGUACAAUGUCAAGGAUGGACAGCUGGUGGCCAACACGGGCGAAGGGGGGGCGCCGCUAUAUUUACACGUCGAGAAGCCAGCAGACCUAGCGAACCCGCCGCGAACACUCGCCACCUCGUUUAACACGACCGAGAAUACAUUUGGCACUUUUGUCUUCCAAGGAGACGCCCUUGCUUGGAGUGUACCGGACAUCAACCGUCAGAACCUAGCUGCUUGGCUUGUCUGUAAAGACCAGGCGCUAUUUAUCAACACCGGCGCUUACGGCUAUCAAACACCCAGUGGAUGCUCUGAUCAGACUAUCCAUUACUACAAUGAUGCGCAUGCGAAUGAGUGAUUCAUAGCCUGUUGAACUGAGUAAUAGCAGGCAUCUGUAUAUAAGCAUCUAGCUAAAGUUGAGUGACAUGCAUCGUCAAUAUAUGAUAUUCGGAAUUGAUGGUGUUGUGAGUUUAUGGUAUUUAAUACUACCAAAGGUUCUUCAUUAGCAUUUUAGCAUUCAUAUAGCAAGCAUAUUGAUCAUAUCCAGUUA